CAUUCAAUACUGCAGUGAAUUUAGCCUUAAGUCGUAAAAUCCUUUAGGAGAAAUACAUGGAGCGCUAAUAUCUCAUUAUCUCUUCAUGUCGUCUUGGGCUGGAUUCACCGACGAAGAGCUUUGUCGCUUAAGACAAAAUUCGAGUGAAGACGUCGAUGCAGAAGGGAAAAUCUCGGGAAGCCGCAAAAAAGCAGCCAUAAACAUUCCUAAAAGACAGCGACCCCGGGAAAAAAUACGAACUAGAGCCCCUUCCACAGAGCUGAAAGAAUCGGAUAAACAAGAAGGAGAUGAAGACCAAGGGCUGAGAGAUCGUACUCCUACAGGGCAACGAAAUUCACGUGCUAGUACAAACAACGUUGGCCAUGGCCGUUCAACUGCACGACUUGAUUCAAGAGAGGAAGAGCAGGAAAAUUCCUCUCCAGAAUGCGAAAGACGAGGAAAAAGCAUUAAGAAGACCAUGGAAGAAAUUACAAUGUCUGAAGAAGCUCCGCCAAAAACAAGGCCCAUAAAGAAGAAAGAUGAUGGUGAUCGUGAACACGCUUUGCAGUUGGCCGAUAGUGAGAAAGAGCCAAAAAGCGAUCUACCGGAAAUAAUCGACGAGAGUGACAAAAUACAAGCAAUAGAAUUGUCAGCAUUGGAGAAGAUGCAAGAAAAACAAAAGCAGAUAGAACAAGAAAAUAAAAGGAAGAAAGCAGCUCUUCAAGAAACCAUAAAGCAAAGGUAUUAG